AUUUAAACUACAUGGCCUACCGGUUGAUCGCAGCGUCUGCUUGAGUUUUGCUCUGCCUUAACAGAAACUGCACCGCCCAGCGAGGCUGCUCUGGGUGUUAAAACAAACAAAAAAGCAAGCACGUUAUUCAAAAGGAUUUCAGCCAAUCACAGCGGAGAGAGCAGGGAGCGCUGCUGUUUGAAUGCAUUGCGGAAACAGUGGGCAACCGAUGUGAGGAGCGAACCUUAUUACAAUGCAGUUAGCUAGCUAACGAGUUAAACUUAUUUAAUUUAUAGAGUUUGUUGUUUUACAGGAGGUAGGCCGUUUUAGACCGCGUGCAACUUAGAUGCUGUGUCGGUUAUUUCAGAGUAGGGGAAAGUCAAUGUGUUAACCUAGCUGGCUAAUGUUAGCUAGCUAACUGCAUCGCAACGUAUGCAUGAAGUUAACCUUUAGAUAAGUGCUCCAUAAUGUAACUUUAGUCGAGUUGUCUAUUCAUUAGGACUAAGUAAGGUUAUUCUCCAUACAGCUGAUCAACGGUUGUGUUGCUACAGAGCUUUAUGGACGCUUAAUAUUCACGCUGAGCAUGAGUUAUCGUCCGGAGGUCUUGGGAAAUUAACAAAGUCAAAGAGGCUGCGGUCAGGCCUGAACUGUUAGAGCUGUGAGUGCGAGUUUGCUGUGGCAGAGAUAAGUGAUCAGUGCAAAAUUUCGAGGUACGUUUGCAAAAAUGAGAGUCAUGGAGAAAAAUGUGAUGCGUCUAGUGGCCGUGCAGCACCUCCGCUCAGCGUACGGGAUUAAAACAAAGAACUGGAACAAAAACAAAGCGGCCAGCUGCAAGUCAGCAGCCAGCAACUCGACAAAGGUUUUUGGUAUGUCCCUGGAGAAUUUGCCAUAUUACAAUAUGGAAUGUGGGAGUGUUCCAAGUUUUCUGGUUGACGCGUGCAUGAGGCUGCUAGCACAGAUUGACACAGAGGGCCUGUUCAGAAAAUCAGGCUCUGUUGUUCGUCUGAAAGCACUCAGGGCAAAAUUGGAUGCGGGUGAAGAGUGCCUAUCUACUGCUCUUCCCUGCGAUGUGGCGGGUCUGGUGAAGCAGUUUUUCCGUGAGUUACCGGAGCCCGUGCUUCCCACAGAGCUGCAGGAAGCCUUCUUCAAGGCUCAGCAGCUCCCAAAUGAGGAGGAGAGGACCUCUGCCACCAUGUUGCUGUCUUGUGUUUUGCCAGACAGGAACUUAUGUGUGCUGCGUUAUUUUUUUGACUUUCUUUACAAUGUAUCUAAACGGAGUGCAGAGAAUAAGAUGGAUAGCAGUAACUUGUCUGUAAUCUUGGCACCCAACCUCCUCCACUCUGGUGAUGGCACAGAGAAGAUGAACGCCAACACUGAGAAACGCCUCAAACUGCAGGCCGCUGUAGUCCAGUGUUUCAUAGAGAAUGCUCACAGCUUUGGUGUGUUACCAAAGUUUCUUCAAGACAAAGUUCCUGCCAUGAUGGGCUGUGAGGCAGGGGUUCUGUCUCCUGCUCAUGAUGAACUAGAAGAGCCGGAGCUGAACUCGGGAAUGAAGAGGAAAAGCAGGCGCAGCUUGGGUGAUGUGGUCAAUGGUGCACUGAAUAAGAUAAAAACUAAUAGAACACCCACAAAUGUCCCCCACACAGACAGUCUUGUCUUUUCUUCUGCAACUCCUGUGAUUUCAACACCAGCCUCCAAGCGAAAACUUCCUCUGGAGUCUGGCAGCUCUUUUGGCUUUUCAAACAAGAAACGUAGAUCUGUCAAAAAGAACCUUGGGAUAGAAUUGCUUCCUGAUAUUUUGUUCAACGGGCCCUCCACACCUGGAUCAGCCUGCAGUACUUUGGGGAUGCUGGAUUCUUCCCAAAAUGUCCUGUCGUCAGCAGGGAGGUCUAGAAGGCAACCGACCACAUCUGCAAGGAAGAAGAGCCGACGACUCAGCAGCAGACACCUUAUCAACAGAGUUGAGUCUGGAAAGGCUGGUUGCUUUUCUCCUAAAACAAGCAAAAAAGAAGCUCCACACAAGUCCCUGCGCUUGCGUUUUAGCCUUGGGGGGAAGAGCAGCAAAGACGCUGCUUCUGAGUCCAUUGGUUUGCGACUUGCCAAACAGGAGAGCACCACCAGUUUCCAUUUCACCAAAGAGACAGAGUUCAUUCCAUCAGUUCAGCCUGGAAAAACUGAAUCCAAGAGCUCCAAGUUCAUUAGUAAGUCUGAAGACAACUUGCUGACGCCCAGAUGUGACUUAAAUGCCCACCGAAGCUUGUGGUGUGCGGAGACGCCCGUAAGAGCCCAGGCCUUGAGCGGCGGGUCUUUCACGGAUACGCCAAUGAACCUGUGCCUUAAAAGCAGCUACAUGUCUGAGCCCGCCAUCGUCGUGUCCAAGCCCCCAGCAGUAAGCAGCCUUCCCAUGAAGUUGUGUUGUGCUUCCAGUGCAGAGAGCCUCGAGAGCGAGAGCUCAAUCCCUGAAGCCCAGAGACAAACCGGUCCCACCCUGCUGAAAAUCAAGAAGGCCUUCUCAGAGUCUGGAAGUGAUCUCCAGGCUGUCAUACAGGAGUCCCGCAAAGCCUCAGGAGCAAGUAUUUCAAAACCAUCCAACAUGAUCACAGACCCUCCUCCAGAGACUUCAACAGCCAAAUCUCUGUCUGUGCCAAGUGAAGCCCCCAGCUUCUGUAUGCAGCAGAGCCUUCUGGCUAAUGAACAGAACAUUACUUUUGGCCAGAUUGAAAUUGCUGCUUUGUCUCCUUUGCAUAUUGAUAGUGUAGUUCUUGAGGCUGCUGAAUCCCACAGCCCAGUCAUCCAGGAUGAGAAAGGUUCUCUCUGUGCUGCUCCUGCUGGUGGGAAUAACAGCUUCACAGUAGGAGCAGGAGAAAGGGAAAUGGAGGAGAUGAACUGCAGCAAGUUGAUUGAUGCUCUGGAUAUCCAAAGUCCUGCUCACUUCAGACUAGGUGUCUCUUCUGGACGGCAGUCAACUCCAUACAAACCAGGUCUUGAACUCCGAAAUGAGUUUGUUACACCACCUAAAACUGACGCUGUAGUCAGUGUGUUACAUGACAAGAGGGAACUUUCUCCAGAGAUUGGUACCAAAGUCCAAAAACAACCAACGUUUUCAUCACACAGUCAGGAGGCUGAAAGGCGUCGUGUGGCAGACCACAUUCAGCACUUCAACAAGCUCACCAUUUAUUCUCCCACAGGCUCAAAGAGCAAUCAGAUCAAGUCGCCGCUUAAAUUCCACCGCACCCCUGUGCGUCAGACUGUUCGCAGGAUUAACUCUCUCAUGGGAGAGAGCAGGAAACCUGUUAGAACUGCAGGUACCAUCACCAACCAGCGUGGACAAGUAGCAAAGGCUGUGAGUCUAGAGAGUGGCCUUUCCCCUCACCCAAAACUUCAACCUCACCACGGAGAACACGAGGUGCCAUCCAGCCACACGUGCCCUUUACAGAAGCCCCCUCCAGUGCCUCCAAAAAAGUCACGCACCAAGUCCUGUGUGCUGGGCGACAUGACCAACAAGGUCCAAUCAAAGACCCAAGUGGACUGCUCAACCAAUGAGCCAUCAGGAGCUCAGAAGCCUCUGCAGCAGCUAGCUGGGAAGGACAUGAACUAUUACAGAGGUUCACCCAGAAACCCUCUCAACCAAGGAAGGCUGCUGUCUGCUACGAAGCCUGUCGAUUUAUAGUGAAUAUCCAUUUGGCCUCUUCUCUCCUUUAACUAUGCAGGUGUCUGCUGAGAGUGAUGUUAAACGUCCUAACCUAUUCAUGUUUUCAGGGUCUUAAAUUAUUGUCAGCUGUCUAGAUGCUGUUUGUGUUAUUUUAGGGCCUUAUUGGGAGAUGUUUGUAUGCCUUACAUUUGUUUUACUUCAGUAAAACCAGUUUAGAAGUUAAGAUGUCGACACAUAUCAGCCUAUAAGAUUACGUUUAGUUAGUAGUGUGCAGGCUAAAUUGUGUAAAAUGUGAUUGGUGUGACUGGGAUGUUUUGAUUGAGUCAUUAUAUUUAUGCCCUUUUAAUGUUAGGUAGAUGUUUGGGGGGGGGGGACUUGACUGAAGUGAAAGGGUUUUUAUUCCAUAUUAUUAUUGUCAUGUCUUGAACAGGGGAAGAAAACAUGCACCUUUGUUGGAUUUUGUGGGGAGGAAAAAAGCAAACAGUGUUCAUGAAAUCACAUGUCUAUUGCAGGCCAUUGUUUUUCAAGUCUUCAGCUAUUUUUCUUUUCUUUUUUUGUGCUAACUGCAUCAGACGAAUAAAGUCAAACAACAUGA